GCAGUGCCAGUGACUGCAUACAAUACAUACAUCAGUGCCGUCGUUUCGGUGAAUAAGUGUCGUUUAAAGAUGCAGAGUCUGCAACAGAAGGCUUCCGAAUGGAGCGGUGUUUCCAUAGACGACGCUUUCGGCAUCGACGACACCAAUCUCUUCCAGAAACUCGGCCUCCAAACCUUCAUUAACCUCUCCACCAAUUUCUACAACAGGGUUUACGAUGACGAGGAAGAAUGGUUUCGUUCAAUAUUCGCGAAUUCUGAGAAGGAGAAUGCCAUUCAAAACCAAUACGAGUUCUUCGUGCAGCGAAUGGGUGGUCCUCCUCUCUUUUCUCAGAGAAGAGGACAUCCUGCUCUAAUUGCUCGACAUCGACCAUUUCCUGUCACGCAUCAAGCUGCAGAGAGGUGGUUACAUCACAUGCAACAUGCAUUAGACAGUACUACAGAUAUAGAUGAUGACUCAAAGACCAAAAUGAUGAACUUUUUCAGGCACACUGCAUAUUUUUUGGUGGCUGGAGAUGAGCUAAAGAAUCAAAACCAACAUAUUCCAUGCAAACAUGCAGCAGCCAAAAAGGAUGAUUCUUGAUUCAUAAAACUGUUUCAAUUUUCUUUAAUUUAUUGCCUUUAUCCAUAAAACUUUGUAUCAGAGUAGAAGCAUUGUCCAAGUGUUGGGGAGAUGAAAACGAAGCCACAUUACACACAUGCCAACUUUGAAACCAAAUAGUUAGUAAGACGAGGUUGAUGAUUGUAAGCAUAGAAUCGAUAAAAUACACUAAGAAAAUACAAAUAGUGUUUUGACAAAAAAAAAAAAAAAAUACAAAUAGCAAUCUUGAAUUGCCUUUAAAUUGUACUUCUCUAAACUGCUAUCAGGUCAAAUCCUCAAUCAACGAUGUUUUCAUAUUUUUUUCUA